GCACUUCGUCUACCGUGUCGUCUGCAGUGAUUCGCCGCUCGAGCUAUAUUAAGUUUUCGCCGCCACUCUAACGGCAGUCUGGCACGUGGCGCCGUACAAGACGCACCUUAUUCUAAACCGCUAGACUUCGAGAUGGACGUGACCAUGCUGGCGAUGGUGCUGGUGGUCCUGGCCUGGGCGUUUCACUUCUUCAACAAGCAGCGCAAGUGGACAAGGGCCGUCGAUCUGAUCCCCGGGCCACCCUCGAGCAUCGUGAUGGGCAACACCUGGGAGCUAAUGUGGAAGUACAAGUUCACGCCACAGUUUCAUUUCACCAACGCUCCAUGAAGCCCUGGCUUCAAAGUGACCUCGUCUUCAACGUGUCGACCGAAGGCAAGACCUACAACGACGCCCUAAAAGUGAUGCACGACUACACUAAGGAGGUCAUCGAGAGCAGGCGCAAAGAGCGGGAAAUUCGACGGAACAGUUUGUCUGUGACUGAGAAGGACUUGGGUAUGAAGAAGAGAGUGGCAUUCCUUGACCAAUUGCUGGAAGCCAACGACUCGCUGCUCGACAAGGACAUCCAGGAAGAGGUCGACACGUUCAUGUUUGAGGGUCACGACACGACGGCCGCCGCCCUCUCCUUCAUCCUGUACAACGUGGCCGCCAACCCCGAGGUGCAGGAGCAGCUGGUGCAGGAGAUGCACGACCUCUUCGGAGACUCGGACCGGCCGGCCUCGUCACAGGACCUGCAGAACAUGCGCUACACCGAGCGGGUGAUCAAGGAGACUCUGCGCCUGUACCCCAGCGUGCCGCUCUUCGCCCGCCUCGUAAAGGAGGACCUCCCCGUCUCAGGUGGCUACGUCAUCCCGGCCGGUGCCAACGUGACAAUCAGUUGCCUCCAGAUGGGUCGCGACCCGGUGCAGUGGCCCGACCCGGAGAAGUUCGACCCCGACAGGUUCCUCCCGGAGAACUCCGCGGGAAGGCACCCCUACGCGUACGUGCCCUUCUCAGCGGGGCCAAGAAACUGCGUCGGACAAAAGUUUGCCAUGAUGGAGAUGAAGUCCACCGUUUCAAAAGUUGUCCGACACUGUAAACUGGAUUUGCCGAGUCCAGGGUACAAACCCAAGGUCGAAGGAAGGGUCAUUCUCAAGUCGAUUGAAGGAGUGCUUUUAAAGAUCUCACCCCGAUAGAAACCUUGUUUAAGUAUUGCAUGUAAAUUAUUUAUUGACUAUUAUUUUAGGUUGUAUUAGUGGCGGUUUAUAAUUAAUUUAUUUAUCUUUACUUGACUCUCAAUAAUUCAUGUCCGCAUCGUAUGAAAUAAUUUUGCUUAUUUAAUUUUAUUGUAUCAUAAGAAAUAAACAUAGUUUUUCAUAAAAGCCUCUAAAAA